AUGUUACUUGAAAAGAGACAAUGGGAAUCCAUGCUAAUUUUCAUUUCCACAUCUUCAUUAGAGUUGGGAUUUCUGCCGGUAGAUUCUUUGUCCUUGUGGAUUUUGAAGAGUGUGUUGAUUGGAGUCUCCAUUGACUGUGUGAGAUUAAUUAGGGGAUCCAAUUCUCUGAAACUGCAGAGAAGCAUGGUGCAAGUUGCAGUUGGAGUUGCUUUAGUCACUGCAUUCUCAACUCUCAUGCCAUGGGACCAACUACUAUUCCAGUUUGAACAGUUCAACGAGCGCACCAUAGAGCUAUACAACCAAGCGUUUGGAUGGAUACCAUUAUGCACUGGGCGCUUAGUGCCAUCUCUAGGAGAUGGCCAGCAGCUGGAGAUUGACUGCAAUGGUGCGGGUGUGGUGGUUGCUGCAGCUGAAACUAAGACCAAGUUGAGCCAACUUGGAGAUCUUGUGGCACCAAAGCCAGAUUUUAAACAGUUUGUUGGGUUCUUACAUGAAGAGAAUGAAGAAGUGGUGGAAAUAAAAGACAUGCCUCUUUUGUUCAUCCAGUUGACUCAAUUGGGAUGUGGAGGCGUGGCAUUUGCUUCUCGUUACAACCAGGCUAACAUGGCUGCUCUAACCCUGGGUAAAGACAUGGUGUUGAUAUCAAAUCCCGAUCGGACUGUGUUUAGAGCAUGGAAACACCCUCACUAUGAGUAACCAA